ACAGUUGGUCACAGCAGAGCCAAGAGGGAGAACACUUGUAAACACUUGUUUUAUUUUUGAGAACUAUCUUAACUUACGCUCCGUGUCGAGAAAAUCUACCUCGAAAAUAUUUUGUUACGUUUUUUACUGACUAUUUUUUAUGCAACUGCCGCUUCCGCCACACUUAGCUUAAUUUUAUUUAACUGAACAAUCCGUAGUGGUUAUAAUUACUGAGGAAUCAUUGCACUGUAUUUUAUUGCUCCUUAAUUUUGCACUAGUAAUUUGGUAAAGAUGCACACGACGCAGAAGGACACGACAUAUACAAAGAUUUUUGUUGGGGGUCUACCUUAUCACACCACGGACUCCAGUCUCAGGAAAUAUUUUGAAGUGUUUGGGGAAAUCGAGGAGGCAGUUGUAAUUACUGACAGGCAAACCGGCAAAUCCAGGGGUUAUGGAUUCGUGACAAUGGCAGACCGGUCCGCCGCAGAGAGGGCCUGCAAGGACCCCAACCCCAUUAUCGAUGGCAGGAAGGCCAACGUGAACCUGGCCUACCUAGGGGCCAAGCCCCGGGUUAUGCAGCCAGGAUUCUCAUUUGGUGUCCCUCAGAUCCACCCUGCAUUCAUCCAAAGGCCUUAUGGGAUCCCGGCGCACUAUGUGUACCCUCAGGCCUUUGUGCAGCCCAGUGUGGUGAUACCGCACGUCCAGCCCAGCGCUGCCGCGGCCGCGGCCAGCUCCCCGUACAUCGACUACACGGGCGCGGCCUACGCGCAGUACUCCGCGGCCGCCACGGCCGCCGCCGCCGCUGCGUACGAGCAGUACCCCUACGCGGCCUCGCCCGCGGCCGCCGGGUACGUGGCCACGGCCGGGUACGGCUACGCCGUGCAGCAGCCCCUGGCCGGGGCCGCCCCCGGAUCCACCGCCGCCUUCAGCCAGUACCAGCCCCAGCAGCUGCAGGCCGACCGCAUGCAGUAACAACCGCACAGAGGCCCGGGGGCCGCACGCUCCUACCAGACACUGAGCGGGGGGGGCAGGGGGCGGGGGGCGGGGGGCAGGGGGUAGGUAGAGGUUUCAGAGGUUGGGCCAGGGGGGAGGAGUUAGCACGGAUGAGGUUGGACGCAGGUGAGGCCGGUGGCUGGAGAUUGGUUGGUUGGUGAGGCCGGUGGCUGGAGAUUGGUUGGUUGGUGAUAGUGAGGUUGUAAUUCCUUGGCUUUCCAACUUGCAGUGGUUCUACCAAAGAAGAGAAAACCUUUUUUUAAAUCAGCAUAGCAGUAUAAGGAAAGAGAUUAAUAUUUACAUUAUUAUUAUUAUUAUUAUUAUUAUUAUUAUUACUACUACUACUACUACUACUAUUGUAAUUGUUAUUGUUGUUUUUGUUAUUUUAUUUAAAUUCAUUCGUAUUUAUUGAAGAAAACCUACUUAAGGCUGGUAUUACUGUAGGAAAUACCUUAAUCCCACUAUUGUUACAGUGAAUAACUUAGGAGAGAGUUUUCUUUGAGCAUAAAAUAGAGGUAUCCUGAUGUGUUCAUUCUGAAACCCCUUUAAUCAUAUUUAUUGUCAUUUUACAAAUCUUUUUGUACUGUCUUGACAAGUGCAUUGAAGUUUUUUCUUUUCCAAUGAUCAGGUAUUUUACAAUGAAUUUAAAAACCUCUACAGAUCAGGGAAUUGUAGAAAUAAGCAUGAUGAAAAGACAAAGAAAACCAGAAAUCAGUUGUUGUUUAUAUCACACGUAAGGACUACCUUUCAUCUUCCGAAUGCUGAAUGUCCCUAUAUUACUUUUAUCUUGACCUAUGCAACGCAAGCGAAUAAAAGCAAAAAAGAACACAAAGAAUUAUUGCAGGAGAGAGCUGAAGGAUUUAUUUCAGAUGUAGUCUGUACAAAGGGCAUCAAACAAAGGCACCCGCAAAGACAGAAGGUUUCAGACACGAAGCGAACACAGAAUUAAAAAAACACACCGCUCCAGUUUAAUGUCUCUCUCUCUCUCUCUCAGACUUACACACACUCGCACACACACACACACACACACACUCUCGCAGCAGCAUGGCGGAGGCCCGCUCCUCUCCCUUCUGCUCCGGUCGUGUGGGAUCAGAUGGGAGCCGCUCUCCGCACAAUUGGUGACGGCGACAGAGCUCUCUGGAAAGGAUGCAUUGCUUGUGCUCCUCUGAUGAGUUGUCACAUUUUAAUCCCCCCUACCCCGUCCGUUUGGGAACGAACCCCAACUGCUGGCGUCAGCAUUUCCAAUUCUGUCCUGGAUCAGGGGCUGGAGACAGAGCAGGAGCCACCUCCAGCCACAACAGAGACCUUUCAGUCUGUGAGUCGCACCUGUCCAUCGGUCCGUUAGUAUUAACCUUCCUCAGUGAAACGCGGGGGAACGGAUCGAGCUGGUGGACAGAGGGAGAGGGAGGCAAUGUGAAGCUUUAAUUAGUAUGUGGUUCUUAUUGUGCCUUAUAAUAUUUGUAUAGCUAUUUAAGAUAACAGAUAUUUAUUUUGAGAGUUUGACUAUGUUGAGCACUAAGGAAAGGGACUUAGUGGCGGUACUGUAUAAAUUAAAAUGAUGUUUUCAUCUCAUGGCAUAUAAGUUAUUAAGUAGAUUUUAGUUUGUAGCAUUAACAUAUUCAACCAAAAAUGAUGACUAGGAUUUAUUUAAGAUACAAAUCUGUAUGUGCACUGUACAAAUAUAUAUUUUUUUCCUUUUGAAUUUUAGGAUAUGACAUUAAAUAUUUUUUAGUCUAUUGCCUUUUCUAUGAAACAUUUUAAGUGCAGCCUUGCUCUUUAUUAGACGGGCAACAGCAUUGCAGCAGCAGCAAUGGAGCGAAACGCUGCUUUAUACAUUAGAAUGUAUCGUCUUUGCCUAGUUUGGAUAGCUGUGCUUUUACUGUAAUCUUCAUCAGAUGAACUAUUUUACACUAUUGGGAAUUUUUUUAUACUUGAACUAUUUCUUACAAGGGAAAAUAUGAAAAAAAAAAAACAUGACAUAACUUUUUAAGAAAGCUUUUCAUUGUCACUGGAUUAUGUUAUGUAAAGUGUUUGGACAAAUGGCGAGAAAGACGUGUUAUUUGCUAUUUAAAUGCAAAGGUCCUGUUGAUUUUAAAAUGUAAGAUUUAAGAAUUUCAAUUCUGUGUACUCUAAGCAAUAAAAUAAAGUUAUAAAUCUAUAUACAUA